UUUCCAAAAAAAGCGUCUUCUAGUUAUUAAAUAGAUGAUGAAAACUGAGAAUGCGCAAACAUUCAAUCUAUAAAAAUAGCACACACAUUGGCAAUGCACUUUAGUCGUUGUUUACACCGCAACACUGUAAUGUCACAAUCAGCAACACAAAUUCUGCACGGAAAUGCAGUCUUCACCAACAAACUCUACCAAAUUUUGGCCCGAAAACCCGGAAACGUCUUCCUUUCCCCAUUCAGUUUACACGCAGUUCUUGCAAUGCUGUACCAGAGUGCCCAGGGCGAAACAGUUGAAAUUCUAAAAAACGUCCUCGAACUUCCCGACGCCAAAGCAACAGCAGAAGCGUACAAAUGGCUUUUGGACAACCUGAAGACCAUCGAAAACCUGAUUUUGCACAUCGCAAACAAGAUCUACGUCAAACGGAACGAAGAGUUCCUGGAGGAGUUUGAAGCCUGCGUCCGUGAGUAUUUUUACUCGGAAUUGGAAGCUCUGGAUUUUGGGGAUAAAGCGGCAGCUGUGGCAAAAUUAAAUGAGUGGGUUGCACACAAAACCUCAAACAAAAUAAAGGAAAUCGUUCGGGAAGAUUUAAUAAAUGAAGAAACAGCGUUGUUUUUGCUAAAUGUUGUUUACUUUAAAGCGAACUGGGAGGAGAAAUUUCAUGAAAACGACACAAAAGUUGAACCUUUCUACUGCAACGACGGUGAAACAGUGGAUGUCCAAAUGAUGAAAGGCCGAAAAAAGGGUUUGUAUAAAUACGACGGGGAACUGCAAGCAGAAGUUUUGGAUUUGCCAUACAAGGGUAAAAGAAUUCGUAUGGUGAUUAUUUUGCCAACUGAGAAAAACGGAAUUCAGAAUUUGGAAGCUAAACUAGCCACACGCAGUCUCAUUGAGGUAAUAGACGACAACAUGUAUGAGAUAAAAGCGUAUCUUUCUUUGCCAAAAUUCAAGUUUGAGAUGUCUAUGGAUUUAAAUGACAUUUUGCAUGAGAUGGGACUCGAGAUCAUUUUUGACGACGAAAAAGCCAAUUUCUUGAAAAUGCUGAAGACAGGUGACAAUUUAUGCGUCGGUGACGUAUUUCAGAAAGCGUACAUUGACGUUAAUGAAGAAGGAUCUGAAGCGGCUGCUGUUACAGCUGUCAGAGUUAGAAAAGCAAAAAAGGCCUUCUGCGAAGAAGUUGUUAACUUUGUGGUGGAUCACCCCGCUAUAUUUUUGAUUGUGGAGGGAACAGGAGAAAAUAGCAACGUGCUGUUUUGUGGAAGACUUUAUUGUCCAAAAUAUUAACGUAAAGUUUACAUUGUGACGUAUUUUACAAAAUUAACUUAAGGCGGUAUCACUCGGCCUGGUUUGGGACAGUUUUCAUCCCAUUUGAAAUGUCGUGUAAAAACGAAAGAAAUUGACUUAGGACGG